AGCUCAAAACUCCUUGGACCUACCCACGACAUUAUGUCAGCUGUCAAUGACACCAAAUUCAAAUCUGUCAUGUUCUUUCUUACUGGCAUAGCUGGACAGGAAUACCUCCAUCUCUGGAUCUCUAUUCCUUUCUGCUUUAUAUAUGUUAUCUCAAUAGUAGGAAAUUCAGUCAUUCUGUUCAUUAUAAAAACAGAUCCAAACCUUCAUGAGCCCAUGUACAUUUUCCUUUCCAUGUUGGCCGUCACAGAUUUUGGCUUAUUGAUAGCCACCAUACCGACGAUACUGGGCAUAUUCUUGUUUAACUCUAGGGAGAUCAGCCUCAAUGCCUGUUUUGCUCAGCUGUUCUUCAUCCACUCACUUGCAAAAAUUGAGUCCUCCAUGCUGUUACUGAUGGCCUUUGACCGUUUCAUCGCAAUCUGUAACCCACUGAGAUAUGCUUCCAUCUUAACUCCACCGAGAAUAGCCAAGAUGGGGUUGGUGUUUGUGCUAAGAGGGGUGGCUGUAGCAUUACCAUUCCCCAUUCUCCUGAAACGGUUCCGAUACUGUCGAGCCAACGUCCUCUCCCAUUCCUACUGCCUGCACCAGGAUGUCAUGAAGUUGGCUUGUUCGGAUAUCACAAUCAACUACAUCUAUGGCUUGUUUACUACUCUCUUCACGUUUGGAUUGGACUCUUUGCUCAUCUUCCUCUCUUACAUGAUGAUCCUCAAAACAGUGCUGAGCAUCGCAUCCCACACGGAGUGCCUGAGGGCCCUGAACACCUGCGUCUCCCACCUCUGUGCCGUCCUGCUCUUCUACACACCAAACAUCGGCCUGGCUGUGACACACAGAUUCGGGAAUGGCUCUUCUCACUUGCUUCAGAUUCUCCUGGGAUAUGUCUACCUGCUGGUCCCGCCCCUGAUGAAUCCAAUCGUGUAUAGCGUGAAAAGCAAACAUCUUCGUGCGAGGAUAACCAGGGCAUUUGUCAAGUGA